AUGGGCCACGAGGUGCGGCCCCCUCGUGCCACGCAGCGCGGAGGAGCGCUAGGGAAAAGGCUUGUCGCAGCUGGAAAACAAACCAAGGGAUACGAACUGUACAUCCUGACGGAAGAGCUGACACGGUGUAAGGAAGCAUCCGUGCCAGGAAACCUAUCCGAGGAGGAAAAAACGUUUCUCUUCUGUUUCCCCUUGCAGAAGUAGAAGAUGGAAAAGAGCAUCAGAGAGCUGCACGCUAUUGCCGACCGAGUGGACACGACCCAUAAGAUGCUCGCCAAGACCGGCCUGGUGGCCGGCGCCUCCGACGCCGUCUCUGGCGUCUUAAGCAUCUUGGGUUUGGCCCUGGUACCCGAGACAGUAGGGCGGAGUCUGAUGCUCUCAGCGGUGGGGCUGGGCCUGGGGGCAGCCGCUGCUGUCGCCAACAUGUCGACGAGUGUCUUAGAAGAUAGAAGCAAUAUGGCAGCCAGAGAAAGAGCCAGCAGACUGGUGCCUAUGGAAACAACGACGGAGUACAAAGCUUUUGAAGAAAUAAGGCUGUCUGAAAUCAGUGUUGUGUGCGUUGAUAGGUGUGUCAGACUCAUCAAGAAGGUCAAGGGACUUCGUGCCUCCCAGAUGGCCAAAGCCAACUCUGGCUUCAUGGCUAUAGGUCAUACGGCCAUAAGCCGUCUCCCCUUCUGGAGGGCCGGAGGGCUACAGAGAGCAGCUGAAGGCUCAGUCCUGUCCGUGAGCAAAGGUGUCCGGGUGCCGGGUGCUGCUGGGGCUGGCUUGUCACCUUUGCAAGACGUGCAAAGCCUCCUGCAGAGCCGGAAGCACCUGGAGGAGGGGGCGAGGGCAGAGACAGCCGAGGCACUGAGGACACUCGCCAAGGAGCCGGAGCAGGAGCUGAGGCAGCUCACCCGGCACCACAAGCUGACCAUCCGGGGGCGGGGCUGCCGGAGAAGCCCGUUCCUGAAGGAGGAGGUAGGCAGGGGGUGCGGAAGGCAGACGUGGUCCCCGUCUUCCUAGAGCCUCCCAGAAGGCGAAUGCUGGGUCGGUAGACGCAUACACAAAUACAUGAUCAGAACUGUCCUUUCUUCAGAGAGAGGACUUUGCCCACGCCCCUCAGCUAAAUUAGGCCCCUCCUCUUCUUUCCAGAACCCCACUGUUUUCUCUCAAGGCGCUGAGCACAUGCUUUAGGAAUCACAUAUUUCACGUAGGUAUUCCCCGUCCGUCUUCCCGUACGAUGUACCCUCUGGGAGGGCAGGGAUGGGUCCCCAGCCUCCCGCAGCACCUGGCACGCCAUAAGGGUGCCACAAACCUGUGUUGGACGACCUGAGGUGGCAUUCCAAAUGAGUUGGGAAAGGAUUUUUAUUUGAAAAAAACGGUUGAUAGCUCUAGCCUCUCUUAUUUGGGGACGUUCAAUAUCUAGCUUUAAAAACAGAAGUGAAAACUACCACAUAGAGAAUUUCAAAACUCCUCUUUAAUUUUACAGAGAGUAUGAAAUAAGACUAGGCAGCAAAGCCACUGACU